GGAAAAUUGCACGGGCCACUUUAAGCGCCUUCACGGGUGGGACCGUCUCUCAAAACUACACCUUCGAGAGUCUUUCGCAUGCGGAGCCGGAUAGCACCUGAACUGAGGAGGAACAUGCCCAAGAUGACUGAAUGGCGCAAGUUGCCCAUAUCGUUGAACGAACUGUGCCUCGCAACAACAUUGCGAUGUGGCCAAUCCUUUCGAUGGCGGCAAUGCGAGGAUCAGACGUGGGCAUGUACACUUCGAGGCCGCAUUGUACAACUGUCGCAAGAUCAAUCCCAGAUCAAGUAUCGGUCGAUAUGGCCUGCUGCUGUCCCCGAAGCACCCUUGACGCCUCCAUCCUCCAUUCCACCGACUGUCGACGAAGCAGAUGAAAGCGACGACACCAAAAGCCUGCUCCAACACUACCUGAACCUCGAACCCAAUCUUGAAAGUCUUUAUGCACAAUGGUCAGCCGCGGACCCGAAUUUCAAGAAGAAGGCGCCCAAGUUUACGGGCGUCCGAAUUUUACGGCAAGAUGCAUGGGAAGCGCUGGUGGGCUUCAUCUGCAGUAGCAACAACAAUAUCAUUCGCAUAUCGCAGAUGGUGGACAAGCUAUGUACGCACUACGGCGCAUACAUUGCCACGCUGGACGGCCGUCCCUACCACGAUUUCCCCGAGCCUGCCGCUUUGACGGGCAAGAACGUGGAAGCGCAUCUGAGGGACUUGGGAUUCGGCUACCGAGCGAAAUACAUUGCUCAGACGGCGAAAAUGGUCGCUGAAGAACAUGAACAGGGAUGGUUGGACGGCCUGCGCAACCCUGAGAGUCCGGUGUACGGUCAAAAAGCCUCAGUCGCGGGUGAUAUGAAACCUGAGGGACGAGAUGGGUAUCGAGAAGCUCAUGAAAAGCUUCUCAGCCUACAGGGUGUUGGACCUAAAGUGGCGGACUGCGUGUGCUUGAUGGGCUUGGGCUGGGGAGAGGCUGUCCCUGUUGACACGCAUGUCUGGCAGAUUGCGCAGCGCGACUACAAGUUCGGAAAAGGCAAGCACAGCAGCUUGACCAAAACUACGUAUGAUGCCGUGGCCAACCAUUUCCGGAAACUCUGGGGGAAGGAGGCUGGAUGGGCGCACAGUGUUCUCUUCACGGCUGAUCUGAGGACGUUUGCUGAGCGAUUGACAACAAAGGUCGAAACAAUCGUUAAGAAAGAAGAAGAAGAAGUCGAACAAAAGAAAGAUGCAGAUGAGGCUAGGGUUAGGAUUGAUCGGAAAAAGACGGUGCAGCGGGUUGCAAUCAAGCGGGAGAGGGAUGAGAUCGAGCCCAAGACUUUGGUUCAGAUGGAAGAAGUGGCGAUGAACAGCAGUGAGAGGGUGAAACGGAGGAGACGUACCCGAGGUAGAUGAAACAUUUAUGUUCAGGAUGAGGGUACCUCGUAUUUGAAUGUGCCAAAACAGACAAGGAAUGAUAGAUACUACGGAUAAAGGCCGAACACGAGGAUGGAACCGCGUUAAAAAAGUCGAGUUUGCGUCAUUCUCACUUGACCGCGUUUCAAGCGUCACGUGUCGCAGAUCGAUGAUGAUGGCGGGCGACA